AUGAUGCAAUGCAUCGGCUGCCCGAGAGGCAGAUUCACGGAUGGCGUUGGCUUCUCCGAGUGCACAGCGUGCCCCAUGGGUCGCUUUAGCAGCUCUGAUUCCCAGUCAGCCUGUGAAGCGUGUGCUCCGGGGAAGUACAUGCUGAGCACGCAAAGCUCCGAGUGUCUGCAAUGUGAGCGUGGAAAAUUCAGCAAUGUCACAGCUGCACUCUCUUGCGAGAUGUGCGACCCGGGAUUUUUCAGCGAUGUGAAUAGCACAGAGUGUGAAGCGUGCCCAGAGGGUCACGAAUCAGAAUUUCCUGGCUCUGUGAGCUGCUCCAAGUGCGAGGCGGGCCGUUUCAACCCACGUGCAGGUGGCCGCUGCAUGCAGUGCCCUCUUGGGACGAUUGCCAAUGAAUCUGGCCUCGCGAGCUGCCAGGUGUGCAACCUGAGCUUGAUAUGGCCGCUUACCUCUGAUGUCGAGCGGGUCUAUUGCGUCACGGAAGGUUGGGUCUUCGUUGGUUGCCUAUGCAUUAUGGCUGGAUGCAGUUUUUUCCUGAUUCUUUUGCCGUAUGCUUUUCGAUAUCGGGCGGAGAUUGAAGACAUCACUCUGGACCGUGCAGAUGGCCGGUGUCGAGUGAUUAUCCGAACUCAUGGUAGGCACUGGCUUCCCCACCGAUCAGUGAGGAGCUUCUUCCAUGACUCCUUUGCUAGAUUCCGGGCAAAGUCCAGCUCUGGGACCUUUGUCAUCAGUGGUGCCAUGAACGCUUCUUCAUCAGGGCGACAUGCCCCAGCUGUCUUCUUCGACACUGGCCAUCCCUUCCUGGACGCCCCAAGCGCCAACGAGGAGGAGGGGUGGAUCCUGACAGAAGCAGCAGCUAUCGAGGCUGAAGCGUCCGCCUUGUACUACUGGGCUAAGCCGUUGGAAAGAACCGAGUCGAAGCAGAGGAUCGCCGGACAUCUGAUUCAGCCGGUGACAACUCAUCACCUCAUCCUGCUGUGUCCGGAUGGUCUACCCAGCACACGAUCGAUUGAGACGUCAAAGGGAGUUCUUCGAAUUCCUUUUCCUCUGACUCUCAUCAUGGUCUCUAUUCCAGGCAGCUUUGUAUCCCUUGGUUGUUCCAUGCUCCUCUCGGUGCUCUUGGCCCUUUUGCCCUUCCUGGUGAUGAUCUCUAGUCCAGAAGGUGCCAAGUGGGUAUAUGGUUUGUCAUCAGUGGUGUCUGUUUUGAUUGCCAUUGGCUUCCACAUGACGGCGGCCUCUCUCCAGCCGCUCACACCCACACAACGGAAAUUGAGACGUCACAUUAAGAACAUGGCUGGCUGCAAUCCGAACCCUAUGUUGACAAGGAGGGAGAAAGGUCCACACAGAGCAAUCCGAGCUGGUCACCUGCUUGAUCUUGCAACCACCUUUCAUGAUUGCAUCCGACACCGGGACAUGUACUACGUCGCAACCAACAUCAUCAAGCCAGUGACAAAGCCCUAUCGUCUGUCCUAUGCCGAGUGUGUGGGACCGCAGGACACGAAAUGGUUUGUGUCUCACUACUGGGGCACCUCGUUCCAACACUUUGCCGCAAGUAUCCAGAAGCAUUCUGAGGCCGUAGUAGAGCCUCACUAUUCUGCAACGGAUGUGCCUUAUUGGAUUUGCAGCUUUAGCAAUAAUCAAUGGCAGUUGGAAGAAGCGUUGCCUUUGACCCGUGCAUGGUGCCUCUUUGAGGUUUUGCAAACCAUGAUCAUCAGGCGAGAGAACUUUAAGGGCUUGUACCUGUGCACCACCACAGGUGUUUUGCAAAAAGGCAAGUCCGGGGUGGACCUCCCGAUGCGCAUCGCAGAGCGCUUAGCCAAGCUUCGCUUGGAGGAUGCAACAGCCUCAGACAAAGAGAUGAUCAGCAAGUUGGUCUCCGAGAUGCCCGGCGGCUUCCAAGCAAUGAAUGCCUACCUGAAGCGAAACAUCGCGGAGGCACUUCGAACGAUGCAGGUGCGGCGGGGAACAUAUUCUGUUUGCAGUUUCUUGAUGAUCAGAAGGAAAACAACUUAUAUAAUUAAGUCAGAGCAAGGGACGCGGCGGAAGAGAUACUUCUUAUUCUUGCUUUGA